GUCACUUUCACUUUCUCAAGUUUUCUGAAUCUGAGGAACAGAAACUCGCCGAAAACUUUGGUGAAGCAAGAAGGACAGUCAAUUUUUUUUGCGGUAGCUGAGCUUACGUACCACAACACAUAAAUAAGAGUAUGGCUGGAGAACCUGUCGUGCAAACUGAGCUUGUGGCUGAAGCUGAGGAAGGAAAACUGUCUGGAGACGAAACGGACGCCAAACCUGACCGCAGAGGAAGAUUUCUACUGUUUGGUAAGAAGAAUAAGGAUGGCCAGACGCGGGAGCAGGACUACUCUUCUGAAAGCCAUUACAGAAUUGUUUCACCAACAUUCCAGUAUAAGAUGAGCCACCAGCGAGUGGGCAAGUGCGUCAUCAUCAACAAUAAAAACUUUGAUGAAAAGACAGGGAUGAAUGUACGCAACGGCACGGAUCGAGAUGCAGGCGAGCUGUUCAAAUGCUUCAAGAGCCUGGGCUUCGAUGUCUUCAUCUACAAUGAUCAGACGUGUGAGAAGAUGGAGCGUCUUCUCAGAGAGGCCUCGGAGGAAGACCAUAGUGACAGCUCGUGUUUCGCCUGUAUCCUGCUAAGCCAUGGUGAGGAGGGCAUGAUCUACGGAACAGACGGAGCCAUGCCCAUCAAGUCCAUGACCUCAUUGUUCAGGGGGGACAUGUGCAAAAGCUUAGUUGGAAAGCCCAAACUCUUCUUCAUCCAGGCUUGCCGGGGUUCCGAAUUUGAUGAUGGUAUACAGACAGAUUCGGGUCCGCCAAACGAUACCCUGGAGACAGACGCUAAUCCAAGACAUAAGAUCCCUGUAGAGGCAGAUUUCCUCUUUGCCUACUCCACUGUGCCAGGGUAUUACUCAUGGAGGAACCCUGGGCGCGGCUCCUGGUUUGUCCAGGCGCUCUGCAACAUCCUCAACGAGUUUGGCAAGCAGCUGGAGAUAAUGCAGAUCCUGACACGGGUCAACUACAUGGUGGCCACCAGCUUCGAGUCCUGGUCUGAAGACCCACGCUUCAGUGAGAAGAAGCAGAUUCCCUGCGUGGUCUCUAUGCUGACAAAAGAACUGUAUUUCAACUGACCGCCACCUAAUUGACUAUACAGUAUGACACCACUGACUGACUGACUGACUGACCGACCUACUGACUGACUGACUGACUGUUUCAGGUAACGACUAAGCGGUCAAAGCAUUCAGGGAUGAUUCAGGCCCAGCAGGACACUGCACAUUUGGAGCACAUAUGACAUUCUACAUGUGUAGUUGGGCCCGAAAACAAGCACUCCGUUAGAACAAAUAUAUAUUUACAGUGGCACUCCGCGUUCAUGUGCUGAUGGUGAAACUUCUUCCUCUUCUUCAGGUUAUUCUUCGGAAUAAUAGUGUCACAUUUGAUCUGAUCUUUUUUUGACAGGCAUGUGAAAUAUCAAUGUUAUUCCACCAGCCCGGAAAAUUUGCUGCCAGUUUUUGUGGGUUUGGGGAAUCAUAUCUGAAUAUGCGUCUCUCCAUUUUCCAGCAUUUACAAUAGAUGUUGAAAGGAACUGUAUCGAGGGGACAGGAGUCUUCGGGCUAAACGUGGCUCUUGAAUUCAUUACACGAAAUGGGCUUUGAAUGACUGAAAACUUCUACAUUUAGUGUUCUGAGAAAAGUCUCUCCAGAAAUAGAUCAUAAACCUGUCUAAUGCAGCCAAAUGCAUUUGUACAAUAGACAAUACGUGUCAUCAUUACGCAGUAAAGUAAUUGCAAAGCAGGUGACAGCUGAAUGUAUUUAAAGCCUAUAGAAAGUCUAAGGAAAUCCCCACUAGGGAAUGAAACAGUGAUUACAAACAUCUUUGAUUUCCAUAGAAGGGAUGAGGGGGUUGUCGUAAUUACAAACCCUGUCAGAUGCAUUCAUAGACGGAAAAAAAAUCUGGAAAAUGGAUCAGGUCAUUUUCAGCUGUCUGUGUUUUAAUGUUUUCAGCUGUCAGUUGUCAGAAAAAAGAGACAACAGAAAAAGACCACACUCCUCUGAGCAGAAACGUGACGAUGCUUUUGCCAAAGGCUCAGUGUCUCAGCCUUCCUAGCAAGUUUAAGUCGGUAGCAGCAUGCUGGCAUCCUCAGGUUCUUUAAUGUCCCAUGACGUGGGUUACUGUAAUGUUAAAGAAUGUCAUAUACGUAUAUAUGCUAGGAAGGUGUGAUCUUUUGCUGUGUAGUGAUUAGAUUUUGGGUCAUAGUUAUAGUCCACUCCCACAAAAGCAAGGAUUAUUUGCAAUUUGCCAGUUUUUUCACACUGGUGUUAAAGACUUCACUUGCUUGUUGUAAAACCCAAAGUAAGUGAAGUUUAUGUAUUUGCAUAUAAUCAAAAUGACGCACUUGUCUUAUUAGUCAGGGUCCAAUAAAUCAGUUUAUGAAUUUCCCUUUUUUAAAUCUUUACAGUUAGACAUUCCUCUUAAAUAACUAAUAUUUAAUAGGAUCCAUGCUGUAGGAUUUGUACACUUGAAAGUGAACUUGAGAAUGUCAGAAACUGUCAGAAAUUUGGGAAAUAUCAUAGUGUAAAGCUGGACUAGGGCCCAAAGCACAAAUGCCACAUCAUUUCACUGUAUAUUAGUGUUGUACAUUGUCAUAACAUACACUACACUCUUGUAAGAGGUGCCCAGCAAAGUCUUCUUUAUUUUAUUUGGUUUAAAUUUUAGCUUGAUUUCAAAAGAUUAAAAUCAAAUUAUAUGAAAAAACAAUUAUUUAUUAUUUUUAAGCACCUUGGCAAAUUUUAAAAAACAUAAUUGCUUGCAUGAUUUAAUUUUUUUCUAGAAUUGAGUUAUACUAUAUAUAUAUUAAACAUAAUAGACAUUUGCUGAUGGUCAUUACAACUUACAUAAAGUUUGUUUCUGCAAA